GGAAAGGGUGAUGCUCUUGCUACACAAGUAAGGUUUCUCCCUCUCUCUGUGCCGGCGUUUGAUCUUCACGGGUUGCGGUGCAGUUAAAGGAUGGAGGAAAUAGAAACGGAGGAGGAGAGGCUGUUCAAAAGGCACCGUAAGGAGAGGAAAGAAUUACAGGCGAAAAUACAGGCAAUGAAAAAUGCUGUUGCUAAAAAUGACAAGAAAAGAAGAAAACAGCUGGUAGAGGAAGUUGCAAAAUUUGAGACUGAAUUGGAACUGAGGCACGAGGAGGAACUUAAACAGCUUACCCGGUCACUUGAUAAGUCUCGUAUGGUUGAAUCAUCUACCAAUGGAAUUGCAAAUUUAGAGUUGGAGAUUGAAGAUGGUAAAGUGUUUAAGCAAUCGCGGAUUUCCAAGGCACAAAAGAGAAGGGAGAAGAAAGCUGCUCAGGACAGAGAACGAGAAGAGAGAAUAGCUGAAGCUGAAAUUGAAAAUUUGAAAGGAGCCAGACACCUGGAAAAUCAGAAACUUGCUGAAAUCCUUGCUAAAAGGCAGUUACAGAUCAGGCAGAUCCCAUCUGAUGGUCACUGCAUGUAUAAAGCAAUUGAAGAUCAACUUGAACAACAGGGCAGCCAGUUGACCCUCACAGAUCUAAGGACACAGGCAGCUGAAUACAUGAGAAGCCACGUGGCUGAUUUCCUGCCUUUUCUGACUAACUGUAACACAGGAGACAUGUAUACACCUGAGGAAUUUGAAAAAUACUGUGAUGAGGUAGCCAACACAGCAGCCUGGGGUGGACAACUUGAGUUGAGGGCUUUGUCUCGCGUUCUGAAAAUGCCAGUGGAGGUGAUACAGGCAGACUCUGCUCCAAUCACUGUAGGUGAAGAGUAUGGAAAGAAACCAAUAAUUCUAGUGUACAUGAGGCAUGCAUAUGGUUUAGGAGAACAUUAUAACUCUGUAGAACAAUUAAUUGACAUACCUACAGAAGAUGUGUGCUAAAUAUUGAUCAGUAUUUACAUUUUGUUUCUUACAUCAAAGUACUGGAAUUUCUCUGGUGUAAUUUUCAUGCUGAGCUGAAAAUUGUACUGUGUGCACAGGCUCAUGUGGAGAAUUUGAUAAAGGUAAUGCCUAUUCCAGUUUUUUUUCUUGGUAAACCGUUUAAAGGCAUGAAGACCAGCAAUAAAAGCUGCAUUAAGACUGAA